UUUGAUUGUUUGCUUCUUCUUUAUCGCAGUCAUGGCAGAAUGGUUUGUUGGCCCAAUCAUGGAGAAGAUCAUCAACACUUGCUUUGAUUACCUGCAAGAUCAAGUUGUAUUGCACACUGACAUGAAGGAGGCGCUGGAAAGGCUACAGAAACUCCACCCCAUGAUUCAAUCUCUCAUCUUUGGUUGCAACAAAGCGCAGAUCAUACAUCAAAAUCCAGAUCUCAACAGAUGGCUAUGGCAGCUUCGAGAUGCCAUUGAUGAGGCAGAUGAUGUGCUCGAUGACUUUGAGUACAUGAAGCAUGAAGAACAGCUGAACAAAAACGAUGAUGAAACAGAGGUGCGUUCUCUAUCAUGUGUUACCUAUUUGAAACUGUUUGCAAAUAUAUAUAUAUUGAUCUAUUUCUCACCGAUUUUAUCAGAAAAGAAAGGCGUCUUCCAGCGCGAGCUUCUUGAUUGA